UGUCAAACGUCAAUGUCAAAUUGCCAAGUUAAUUUAUUAUUUCUCAUAAAUUUUGGAGUUCUGAAGAAAGUAUAAAACUCUAUAAACUACAUUUAGAAAAUUCAAAAUUUGUGGAAAUUGCUAAUACAAAAAGCAUCAUCGAUAGUACAAGAGAUUCCGGGAUAUCAUGACCUCGAAAUAAAACUUUCUUUUUGAGGUAGGUUCUAGUUGUAACAUUCGCAUUAAUGUUAUAACGUUUCGAAUCAAUUUCGAGAAUAUCGCCCGAAAAUGUCGAAGAAACCUAACAGCGCAACGUCUAGGUUGAAGCAGGAUUACCUCAGACUCAAAAGGGAUCCCGUUCCCUAUAUAACCGCAGAGCCUCUUCCGUCAAACAUACUCGAAUGGCAUUAUGUUGUUUGUGGACCUGAGAAUUCUCCUUACGAAGGAGGCUACUACCAUGGGAAAUUAGUUUUUCCGAGAGAGUUUCCCUUUAAACCUCCAUCGAUAUACAUGAUAACCCCAAACGGACGUUUUAAAACAAACAAGAAACUUUGUUUAAGCAUAUCCGAUUUCCAUCCCGACACAUGGAAUCCAGCUUGGAGUGUAUCCACCAUUUUAACUGGGUUGUUAAGUUUUAUGCUCGAAAAGAGUCCAACCUUAGGUAGUAUUGAAACAACGGAUUACGAUAAACGACAAUUUGCUUAUCAAUCGCUUGAUUAUAAUUUGAAAGAUAAAUGUUUUUGUGAUUUAUUUCCUGAAAUUGCCGCUGAAAUGCAGGUUGAAAUAGUGAAGAGGAAUGCAACGAAAAACAUCGCUUUAGAACAACAGAAAAACUUGCAGGCGAUCGAACAACCGAGCAGUUUGCAGUCAUGCAUUACUAAUUUGUGCGUCAUCAUCGGUUUUGCUGCCUUCGCUUUUACAGUGAAAUACGUAAUGAAAACGAGCGCUUCGGAAACGGAAUAAUUCUGUUAUUUGUUUCAUAAGAAAUUGCAUUUUAGUAAUUUCAAUUCAAACUAAACACUACCAUGCUGUGAAAAAAAAUCGUCAAUCGAGUAUUACCCUUAUUUUCUUAUAAUUUGUCAUAACCGCACAUUGAUAUUUCCUUUUUGUUGGACGAAAAAAGAAAACAGCCAACAAACUGAUUUUUCAGAAGGUAUUCUGAAAUUGUUAUUUUCAGUAUGCACAAUAUUAACACAUUUGUUGAAAUAAAUUUCUUACCCUGUUACUAGUUUGUUCCUAACGUGUUAUUAAACUUUUAUUAUUGUUUAUUUUUUAUAAAAUAAUGUGAUUGUAUUAAGUAUUAUAUUUUCAAUUAUUUUUUACAAUCAAAAUUUAUCUUAUAUUGUGAAUAAAUUUAACUCUUACUUGAUGACAGGGUUUUUAAUGCAGGGUGUCCUCGAAAAUGCAUAUUUAUGGAUUUGGUAUUAAAUUCGGGUACACGCUGAAUAUAUUCACCUUUAUUAGGUUUAUUACGAAAAUUAAAAAUUGUAAAUUUAGCGCAUUGUAUAAAAUACCUAUAUUUGUUAAUUU